AACACAAUUUAUAGUCUGAAAACAACUCAAUGCAUCUUUUUGCACUUUGGGGCUGCUUCGGCUGUGUACACAAUAUACAAUAUCUACCAAACCUCUUAUGCUACCAGUUUAUAUUGAUUGAAAUCCGCAUUUACUAAAUGGAUGCAAUAUAGAAGCUGUACAUGUUUAAAUACCUGGAAAAGAAAGAAACAAGGCAGACAAGAUGACAAUGUUUGAAGAACCUCCAAUAAGUAACUUUUCGGUGUGGGACUAUGUUGUGUUUGCAGCUCUCUUAGUUGUUUCGGCAAGCAUUGGAGUCUUCUUUGCAAUUAAAGAAAGGAGAAACAAGACAUCCAAUGAAUUCUUGGUGGGUGGGAGACAGAUGACCUGUGGACCUGUGGCUCUGUCACUAACUGCUAGUUUUAUGUCUGCAAUUACCGUUCUGGGGGCUCCAGCAGAAGUUGUCCGCUUUGGAGCACACUACCUCUGGUUCCUUAUUGCCUAUACCUGUGUGAUCAUAAUUUCUGCCGAACUCUUUAUACCAGUAUUCUACCGGUCUGGGAUUACUAGCACUUAUGAAUACCUGGAAUUUCGGUUUAGCAGACCUGUCCGUUAUGUUGCUACUAUUAUGUAUAUUUUACAAACGAUUCUAUACACUGGAGUAGUUGUGUAUGCACCAGCUUUGGCCUUAAAUCAAGUGACUGGAUUUAAUCUGUGGGGAUCUGUGUUUGCCACUGGUAUUGUCUGCACAUUUUACUGCACAUUGGGAGGACUCAAGGCAGUUGUAUGGACAGAUGCCUUUCAGAUGGUUGUGAUGGUCGUUGGAUUUUUAUCAGUUCUUGUUGAGGGAACAAUCCAAAAUGGAGGUCCAAGCGAAGUAUGGAAGAUAGCUAGGAAUGGAUCACGCUUGGACAUUGUUGAUUUCGAUGUAGAUCCACUAAGAAGACAUACCUUCUGGACUAUUGCAGUGGGAGGAACAUUUACAUGGCUAGGCAUUUAUGGGGUCAACCAGUCAACUAUUCAGAGAUGCAUUUCGUGCAAAUCAGAAAAACAUGCAAAACUAGCCUUGUAUCUUAACCUGAUUGGACUGUGGGUGAUUUUGGUUUGUGCCGUAUUCUCUGGACUGAUCAUGUAUGCACACUUUCAAGGUUGUGAUCCCUGGACUGCAGGAUUUAUAAGCGCUCCUGACCAGAUGAUGCCCUACUUUGUUAUGAACUUAUUUGAAAAAAUGCCUGGACUGCCGGGACUCUUUGUGGCAUGUGCCUUUAGUGGUACAUUGAGCACAGUAGCUGCAAGUAUCAAUGCUCUUGCUACUGUCACCUAUGAAGACAUUGUUAAGAACCUUUUUCACAACAUUUCUGACAGGAAAGGUACCUGGAUUAGCAAAGGCUUGUGUGUGCUGUUUGGCGCAUUGUGUACUGUAAUGGCUGUAGUCGCAUCAUUUAUGGGUGGUGUUGUGCAGGCUGCUCUUAGCAUCCACGGGAUGUGUGGUGGCCCCAUGCUAGGAUUGUUCUCUUUGGGGAUUUUGUUUCCAUGGACCAAUUGGAAGGGCGCUCUGGGAGGUGUCCUGACUGGAUUUGUUAUGUCAUUUUGGGUUGCAAUUGGAGCAUUUAUAUAUCCAGCUCCAGCUAUCAAGACCCUGCCACUAUUACUAAGGACAGAUCAAUGCAUUCUACUUAACGUAACUGCCAAUUCCACGAUGUCUACACCUUUACUUACCACAUUGUCUGCUACUACUGCGCCAGAACGGUCUGUCUUGGAAGAUAACUGGUACAGUUUAUCUUACCUCUACUACAGCGCUGUUGGCUAUAUAAGCUGCCUCAUUGUGGGAUUAUUGAUCAGUUUUAUAACAGGUCCCGAACGUGGAAAGAAUAUUAGGCCACUGCUGAUAAGACCAGUCUGUAAUUUGGUCUGCUUCUGGUCAGAGAAGUACAAGAAAAAGUGUUGGUGUGGAGUCCCCCAUGAUGAAAUUGAUGAGGAGCUGGAUCAUAAUGGUUUGAAGAAAGACAUUUCAAUGACGUCAUUGACAGACCAACCAGAAGAACAGGCAUAUGACAAAGACUCCAUCCGAAAACCUCCACCUGGUUAUAAUGAAGAAGAAAAAUCAUAUACAAACACAAGUGUAGAUAAAGAAUGUCGUAUGUAAAUAGCACAAGGUCCAUUAUGUUUACUGCAGCAUUGGGAUGUGUGUAACAUCCAUAAGACGCUCAUUGCAUUAAAGUGUUUCUCUGCUGAAUCUUCAUCAAUGGUUACUGAAAGUGCUGCUAAGGACGACAUCAACUGUAUAGUAUUUAUCCUUUUUUUAUUCAUCCUUUAUUUGAUGUAAUUUACAGCAAAAUAAUAGAUGGAGGGCUGAAAUUAUGAAAUACUUAAUGUUGCUAUUGCUAACAAUGUUGCUAAGAAUGAGACAGAAGGCCCUUUAGAUUGUGAUUAAAAUGCAAUUGAACCCAA